UUCAAAGCAUGCAUUUGUAGUCAAUUGAAUAGACGCCAAAACAAGGUAUUCAUUCAACAACAUGUCUCGCAGCGACACAGUCGAUCCAUCAUUACCCUUAGACCAAACAAAUGAGCAGCCGAUCGAGUUAAAGACCUCGGUCGGCUACAUGCUCUUUGAGCCCGUCAUGCUUCUUCUUGCUCUAACUCAAGCUGUUCGCGACAUGGCCGUACCGCGUCCUCGUGAAGAGAACAUCAACAUCCAGGACCCCAGACAGCUAUUUUACACCUUUGUGAAUAAACUUAGCCACGUCUGUGAUAGAAGAAGGGGAGAGUUGGGGAAGACCGUCACCUCCUUUGUCGUCCUCAAGAAACAAAGCGAUCCUGAUAAAGCUCACUACAUUUUUGCGGCGAAUCGCCAAACCGACAGCGACUUGCAAAGCACGGCAAGAUAUGUCACAACACUCCUUCGCAUGGUUGGACAGGCGCCUGAGGGCCGAGAAAAUCAGGAUGCGGCGAGGCAUUCACUGCUAUAUCGCGUGUUGUGCUUCAACCGCCACCGAAUUACGUUUUACCUGAAGGAGCUACGGAAGCAAGCAGCGCUUUGUGUCGAAAAAUGCGAGGCGGAACGAACAGACGAUAAUGAACUAGUUGCAGAGGGUUUGACAGAGAUUCUCGCCUCUCCCAACGAUGGCUUAGACAAGUACGAUCCGGAACCUGAUUAUAUUCAUCUGUGUGAGACGACGAUCAAGCAGCUCAUCAAGAUCGAGCAAACCAUAGUUGGAGAAUUAAUCGAAGAGCGUGCUCUCGAAAACCGAAUGGUAGGAUACACAAGCAUGGAAUGCUGGGCCAAGCUCCUCCACGCCAUCAGACGUAUUCUUGCCUACCAACAAUCGGUUCAAUUCUUCCUGAUGGCCAAAGACAAGUGGCCCAAUCUCUUUGAAGAUUUCACAGUGUCCUUUAUCUCGUCAAGCCGCCCAGUGAGCAAGCCAGGUCGCCAGAAGAGCAACUCUGCAGAAAGCAUCGCCGGCCGGAUGAAAAGCACACCAAAUGAAAUCGAGACACUUAGGACAUUUGUACGUAACCUCCAGACGUUCAAUCUUGACGACCGUAUCAAAGAGGAGUUUGGUAAAUCGUCUUUCAAUCCGAUUGUCCAUGCAGAAGUCCUCUUGCUGAAUUGGAUCUCGAAACAAGGCCCAGUUACGCCUUCGAGAUUCUUCAACGGCUGGAAGUAUAUCGGCUGCAGCAAGCCGACGUGUAAACUGUGCAGCUAUUACUUUGAGGAACACCAAUCGGGGGUGGAACACCGGCCUUCCCACGGCAAUUUGUAUCCCAGCUGGCGUCUGCCCGAUGUGUUUCCGCAUCAAGGAGAAGAAGGGUUGAGUGAGAGAAAGAGGAUGAUGGAAAGUAUGAAAGAUCGGGUGCGCCAGGAUGCAUUUGACAUUGUGUCGGAAAGGUCUUUUCCGAGUUCAAAGAGAGCCGAUUCAAACACGGACACUGCGCGAAUGACGCUUCUUCCGGUCGGAACUUUGCGAAGGCCGCCCACUGAGAUAGACGAUCUUGCGUCAAUUAUGGGACAGGUAGAUAUUGGCUGAGUCCCAAGAAGGGUCUUUUCUUUGCACGAUUAAUAUUUUUGAGAGAGGGUUACAGGUAGUGAAGUUAUAGUUGGUAUUCUCGUCAUAAUGAAACCUUCAUGUUAAACACUAAAGCAAAUGCUCAGUCCACCCUCAAACCAGAGGAGCAUCACAACAUCAAAUUAAUCUCCCAAAGCCACCGCACAAAUUCUCCAGACCUUUGCCUUUAACCGCUCUUGAAGCAGGAAUAUUUCCCCAGCGAAAAUCUCCACGGCCCACGACGCACUCCAUGUCGAUCGGCGUGGACGCUCGUGCCAAAGUGACGGCCUCCAAAAUUCUUUGCCCAGAAUAGACCCAUGCUUGUGAUUUUUGGGGUGUUUUAUGAGGAAGUUGUUGAUAUUUAUUGUUGUGCUUGGUAGAAGAGACUUGAGAG